AGAUAAACCCUUGUAUCUAUUUUAAAAAAAAAAAAAAAAAAAAAAAAAAAAAAGGAGCAAAAUGGGUGGGAUAUGCUCAAAAUCAAGCUGCGGAAGGGAUAGAAAUGAUUGUGAAGAAGAGGAAAGCAAAUAUUCUGGUGUACAGGUGGCUGCACCUUCAAAGAGACAGGGUGUUUCACAACAUGGUAAAAAUGAGACAAAAGAUUGCCAUAAACAAUCACUAUCUGAAAGGGUACUUGGUUCAAAAAGAAUGCAACAGAUUAAAAGCAUAGUAGGUGGCACCCAAGGUGCACAAAAAUCAGCCCAAUGGCCCUCAUGGCUAACCUCAGUUGCUCCAGAAGCCGUACACGGAUGGACCCCACGCAGUGCUGACUCAUAUGAGAUGCUAAACAAAAUUGGUCAAGGCACAUAUAGUAGUGUUUACAAAGCACGUGAUUUGCAAAAUGAUAGAAUCGUUGCUAUAAAGAAAGUACGUUUUGUUAAUAUGGAUCCAGAAAGUGUCCGUUUUAUGGCCAGGGAGAUUAGUAUCCUGCGUAGGUUAGACCACCCGAAUGUCAUGAAGCUUCAAGCUUUGGUUACUUCAAAGUUUUCAGGGAGUUUGUAUCUUGUUUUUGAUUAUAUGGAGCAUGAUCUUGCUGGGCUUUUAACAUCUGCAAGAGUCAAAAAGUUCACAGAGCCACAGAUUAAAUGUUAUAUGCAACAACUUCUUCGUGGAAUGGAGCACUGCCAUAAUCGUGGUGUUUUGCAUCGAGAUUUAAAGGGUUCAAAUAUUUUACUUGACAACAAUGGAAUUCUCAAGAUUGGAGAUUUUGGUUUGGCUGCAAGAUUUGAGCCUGGUCAAAAAGAACCGUUGACUAGCCGUGUUGUGACUUUAUGGUAUAGAGCUCCUGAACUUUUGUUCGGCUCGACAUCAUAUGGUGUCGCCAUUGAUAUGUGGAGUGCAGGUUGCAUCCUUGCAGAGCUCUAUACAGGAAGGCCUAUCAUGCCAGGAAGAACAGAGGUUGAACAAAUACAUAAGAUCUUCAAGCUUUGUGGUUCACCUUCAGAUGAAUAUUGGAUGAAAUCAAGAUUACCUCAUGCGACUAGUUUUAAACCUAAACAUCCUUACGAUCGUCGAGUUUCUGAGAUAUUUCAACAGCAUAUGCCUCCUUCUGCUUUGGCUCUUUUGGAUACCCUCCUUGCAAUCGAUCCAGAAAAACGUGGUACUGCAACUUCCGCACUCGCUAGUGAGUUCUUCACGACGAGCCCUAUUCCUUGUGAUCCAUCGGAAUUACCAGAAUACCCUCCGAGCAAAGAAUUUGAUGCUAGGUAUCGAGCAGAGGAAGCUAGAAGGCGGAAAGCUGAAGCGAUGAAAGGACAUGUGCCUGAAUCCGUUAGGGUUGGUGUUGUCGAAUGGAAAGCACAAUCUAAAGCACAAGUGGCGAUGAAUGCGAGAAACUUCAAUGCUCAAGGGGAGAAUCGAAACGUGAAGAAAGGAUUCUCGUAUUCCAACUCGGAGAUCCAUCAAAGUGCAGUUGUGGGAUAUUCUAAGAAUAUAAAUGACGAUGCUUGUACAAGUUUAAGGAUGGGGCCUUUACGGAUUGAUCCUGCUAUGAAGCGACCGAUGUCUAACACCCAUCAAGCAGCAGAUCCCAUGAAGCUUGAUAACCCUGGGCAAGGAAAGAGGGUAAACAGAGAAUAUUCUGGACCGUUGAUGCCAGGUGGAAGGACGGAGGACAUGCUGAAAGAACACGAAAGACAUGUUCAAGCUGCAGUUCGAAGAGCACGAGCAGAUAAGAACAAAAGUAGAAUGGCAUGAUAAAAUUUUACUUUCAUGGGAAUCAAAUGAUGAUAUGUUUGAACGUGAAGGAGUGCGGCUGUUGUGAAACAUAUGGCAAAAUAGAACGAAGAUACAAA